AAGAUUUUAUAAAGAAUCUAUUGUAUCUAAUAUUAUAAAUUCUACUUUAGAAAUUGAAAUACAAGAUAAUGAUUUAAAAACAGAAACACAAGAUAAUGAUUUGAAAAUUAAAAUACAGGAAGUUAAUUUAGAGACUGAAAUACAAAAUAUAAAUCAUAAUUUUGAAAUUGAAUUAAUAAUUGAAGAAAAUGAAAAAGUAUCAAAUAAUAGUGAAGAUGAUGAAAAUAAUAAUAUAGAUAUAGAAAAUAUUUCCCAAAAGUUUACUGAUUAUUUAUCUGAAUGGAUGGGAAUACUUGAAACAGAAAGAGAAAAUUUAGAAUUUUUGAAAAAUAUGAUUGAAAAUAUUGAUCAUCCAAUAAUAAAUAUUUAA